AUGCAACGGUGGUCGAGCGCUUUAUUAAUCGCACUUUGUUGCUUGUUACGUGGAGCACUCGCAUAUACCGAACCAGUCUAUGAAAUCGUUGAUGAUGAGACCCCGGAGUUCGACGGAGCACGUCAGCCAGUGAAACCCGACGGUAGACUAUUCUCAAAACGAGACAUUGAUGGAAAUGUUCCUGGAGUUUUGCGGUUCGGCAAACGCGCCGGAUACUUUGACAAACGUGAGAGCUCCGUUCAAAAAAAGGAGAUGCCUGGUGUGCUACGCUUCGGUAAAAGAAUGUUCUUCGAUGAGAAGGAAAGCGUUCCAGGUGUCCUUCGUUUUGGAAAACGCGGAAUAAUUGAGGCGAAACGUGAGAUUCCCGGAGUUCUUAGAUUCGGAAAGAGAGAAUACCUCGACGAGAUUUUUGACAAGAGAAGCGAAGUUCCAGGAGUUCUCCGCUUCGGAAAGCGCAACGUUCCGGGUGUAUUGAGAUUCGGAAAGAGAUCCGACUUUGGUGAACAUUACGCCGGAAUAUUGUUGAAGAAGAGUGUUCCAGGAGUGCUGCGAUUCGGCCGCAAAUAA